AUGGUAACACUCAUCACUGAACAACUGCAGAAACAGAGUCUAAAUGGCCACGCCUACCACAGGGCCUUCUCUCUCUGCCUGCCUAUGCCAGACCCUCACAGCCCUGGAGUCUGCCGGCCCACAUAUGGAUUGAUGCCAGAGAGUAGUUAUUUGCAGCUGUGCCCUCCCUCCAAGCCCAGCCAGCAGGGGGUGCUGAGCUCCAGCUUCCCCCCUGGCCCCAUCCCCCUGGGCCCCCCCACGGCGUCCUUCCCCGAGGGGGACGCCCCGAACCGGUCCCUGGCCCCCAGCACCUCGGCGACGGACCUGUCUCUCCCCGGCGCGCCCCCUCCUCCCCCGCCGCCCCCGAAACGCCACUGCCGCUCGCUCUCGGUCCCGGAGGACCUGUCCCACUGCCGCUACACCUGGCGGCCCAGCGCCUCCAAGAUCUGGACUCCGGUGAAGCGGCGAUGUCACAGCGGGGGUGGGGCCGGGGGGUCCUGCCCGCUGCGGGCCCCUAGUUCAUCCCUCAACUCGUCUCUACACUCAUCAUCCAGCCCCACCUUCUGUAGCCUGGCGCUGUCGCCCGACUCCCCCCUGCCCUGGGGCUUCCCCUGGGAUGCCCCGGACUCGGCCGGGGGCGGGGGGUGCUGCUGUUUUUUCCCCUCCCCCUCCUCCUGCUCCUCCUCGCCCUCCCCGCUCUGCCCGCCCCAUCCGCCGCAGCGCCGCUUCUCCCUCUCCCCCGUGCACAUACGGGAGGCCGCCGCCCACUUCCUGCCCCCGCCCCCGGUCCCGCCGCACCCCUCCGCCCCUCCCUCGGCCGCGGCCGCGCCCGUGCCCGUGCCCCCGUCGCCCUCCUCGGCCUGCAGCACCCCGUCCUCGCUGCGGCGGGCCACGCCCCUCCAGCUGCCCCGCUGCCACUCCCAGCCGUGCGACCUGCUUCUCCGCAAGCCGGGCCUGAAGCGCCGGCGCGACCCGGACACCCACCCCUGCGCCCGGCCCGGCCUUGACUUCAUCAAGAUGACUCAGACUCGAAGCGGGGACCCCCUGAGCUGCCUGGAGCGCGGCCGGCUGGGCUGUGGCGGAGACGUGUACGUGGGCCUGGAGCCCUUUUUGGGAGAUUUCAGGGGCUCCAUCUCCCCGGCGGAGGGGCUGGGGAGGUCAAGCAUCGGACCCCUGAGCGAGAGCGAAGAGGAGGAAGAAGAGGAGGAGGAGGAGGAGGAAGAGGAGGCCAAGAGCGAUAGCGACGGGGGGCAGCAGAGCGUCUUCGAGAGGGACUGUACAGAACUGGACUUGACUCUCAUAGAGGAGAAUUGAGAACAAUAAUUGAGAAGCCCAUUCUCCCCUCCAUUGCCAGCAUUCAACAACCCCCCUGCGGCCCCCCCAGGAAAGGCUCUCAGGAACACAGCUGCCCUCCCAGGGGUCCCAGGCAGGGGGUCAUCAAUAAAAUGGUCAUAAUAAUAAUAACAAUAAAUAAUAAUAAUAAUAAUAAAAACAAACAUGAAUACAGGUAGCCAUGGACACACUCCCGCCAGUGGAUUACAUUCCAGGACCUGAGAUCAGUUGCUGAAAGGCCCUUAAGUGUUAAAUAACCUGAGUGCAGGACAUGCCAGCUGUUCCCAAUGGUGUGGGAGGGGGUCCUCCAGGGACACUUGGGCUGAUAUGGGAAACCUGAGGAAACGCUGGAUGGCUUAACGCAGCUGGUCCCUGGCUUUCUAUUUUCUUUGUCUUUCCUCUUAAUUGUGACCUUUCUUGGCCGUAGGA